UCUGUCAUUUCUAUAGUUAAAUAUUCCAAGAAAAUAUUCUUUUUGUGAAAAUAGUUAUCAAAACUCUUCAAAUCCUUAAAAUCUCAAGAAGUUCUUCCUUCCCCCAAGGAUCCGAUCCUUCAGAAAUGUGUAGGCUUAUAACUUUCGACUCGUAAACAAUAUUUUGAAAAAAUCCAGGAUGGUUUUCCAACCAUAAAUGUGGAUUGAAAAAUGUCUUUUAUGUUAAAAAAGAAGAAAUAUAAGUUCAAGGUUGAUUUAGUUCUUCAGGAAUUGUCAGCUGUUCCAUUUGUCAAUGGUGUACUCUUUGCUAAAAUUAGACUUGUAGAUGGAGGAACGUUCACAGAACAGUCCCAGAAGCAAGAAGUAAAAAAUUACUGCGUGAAAUGGGAUACCAAAUUUCAGUUUGGUUGCAAAAUGACUGCCAAUGCAAGUACAGGUGUUUUGGAGCCCUGUAUUUGCCGCAUUUCUGUUCGAAAGGAAGUUAGAGGAGGUAGAUCAUUUGAAAAAUUGGGCUUUGCCAAUCUUAACCUUGCUGAAUUUGCCGGAGCUGGUCUCGUUUCUCGAAGAUACCUGCUGGAAGGGUAUGAUUCGAAACAUCGGCAAGAUAACUCUAUGCUGCAGAUUACAAUUGAGAUGUUUCUUUUAGCUGGAGACCCGUGCUUUAAAACUCCUACUCUUCGAACGCCAAUACCUUUGGGAGACAAGCCUCAAAUUCAAUUGCCUGCUGAUAAAAAAGGUGAAGAUUACAGUGGGGAUAGUUUAGCUAGUGGUAGCAGUGGCUUCGGCAGUCUACCACGAAAACAAAGGCCAAAUUUACUGUCAUCAGAGUUAGUUGUUGGAAGUACUGAGGAAAAACAUAAAGAAGAUGAUCAUUUACCAGAUUUUGAAAGAGGUCAUUCCCGAAAUUCUAGUUAUGCAAGUCAACACUCAAAAGCUUCUGGGUAUGGAAGUUUAGCUUCUCAUUCUAGACAAAGCAGCGCAGAAUCUGGCCAUCAUAGGAACCCCAGCUCAAGUUCUACAUUUGGUGAACUUUCUGGUAUACCCAAACCUCCAGAUAGAAAGAGACCUACUAUGAAACAAACAUCAGACGAAGGCAGAAUGGACUCCACUCGUGUCAGUGCUAAAGAAGUAAUUAAUGAAGUAAUUGAAGCAACUAAUUUAGAUCCAGAUGAAUCUGCAGAAUCACCUGGACUCAUACUAAUUAUUAAGGAUGAUGGUACUCCAGCUUUUAGUACUCAUGAACUUUCUGACUGUGGUACUGGUCGCUUUGAUAAAGUUGUUAUUGCACAUAGGUAGCACUUCAAUUAGCUGCUGG